CGAAGGUUUUGUGGACAGGUUGUGGUCCCAAUCCCUCUUCUGGAAGUCUUCUCUGGUUACAGGAGAUGGCCAGUUCAGUUUCUGUAUCCACCAUUACUAGGAGUCUUCACUUAUCCAAGGCAUUUCUAUAAGCAAUGUGUGAAAGUAAAGAUCAAUAACCAGAGGUUUGCCAACGUAGAGGAAGAGCUCUCAUCACUAGAGAAAAGGGAAGUCUCAGAGACAAGCUGGUGAAGAAUGGCUGUCUCAAGGGCUCCGGUGCCUGACUCCGCCCGUCAGAAGAUGAUCUGGCUGUUCCCACUUAUCUUCUGCCUUGGCUCAGGGAAUGAAGUUUCACGAAACAGUACAAGAAGAACAGUGAUGAAUGGUGUUCUGGGGGAGUCUACAACCCUUCCUCUGGAGCUUCCUGCAAGAACGAAGGCCAUCGUCUGGCAUUACGUAGGAGAAGCAUCGAAUUACGUAGAAAAAGGAUCACAUGUCACUAUAAUCCUUAUCAUCCAGCUAAAUAAGUCUGAAAAUCCACAAAUCCUGAAAACUGAUCCAGAGAGGGGAAAGAGACUGCACAUCACCCAGUCCUACGCUCUACAAGUCAGCAACCUCACAAUGGCAGACACAGGAUUGUACACUGCCCAGAUAACCACAGAGGACUCUCCACCGAACUUCUUUACUUAUACUCUGAGGGUCUUUGAACGGCUGAGUAACCUAGAAGUUACCAACCGUACUCACCUGUUUGAGAAUGGGACCUGUGAGAUCCACCUGACCUGUAUUGUGAAGAAUCCAAAUCAUACUGUCUCAGUUGGAUGGCAGGCGUCAGGAGGCACCUCUUUAAGGGAACCAAAUCUCACUGUCUCCUGGGACCUGAAGAAUUCCAGUGACCAGAGUUAUACCUGCCAAGCUGAGAACGCUGUCAGCAAUCUGUCCAUCUCUGUCUCUGCCCAGAGUCUUUGCACAGGUGAUUUAACUAAGGAAAAGCUAUACCAGGAUAAAAUAUUGCUUAUAAUUGGAUUGUUGCUGGCUAUAGCCUUGGUGUGCAUAUGCAUAUGUAUUUGGAAGAAAAGAACAGGUUUUCUUUCUUUGGCUAGCCAACAUCCAGAUUCCUCCCAGAGCACAGAUACUCCAGGCUCUCCAGGGAACACUGUGUAUGCACAAGUCACUCAUCCAGUACAGGAAAUGAAAAUCCCAAAAUCCAUGAAAAAUGAUUCCAUGACAAUUUACUCCAUAGUUAAUCAUUCCAGACAGCCCAUUUCUCCCAGGAUGGAUACUCUUAAGGACAUCAAGUAAGUUGGUGGAAGACUUUAAAGGAAUUCAGGCCGAGCAAGCACAUCUGCCAACCCCUUGGAAGAGAGCAGAGAGGCAUGGUUCCCUACUGGCAAUGGAAUCUGGAUAUCCAGAGUUAUCACGUCAGACUUGAUCCUGCAUACAUAGGUCAGAUGCUUGAGGAAUAGCAAGAGCUCCAGUAUGGAACCCCCAAACUGCUUUCCAAUCCACUCCAGGACAAUUCCUGCUUUGGAUAACACACCUACAUAUUGCUUCCUCUUUGAUAACUAAACAGAGUUUUGACUGACGGAUUAUAAUUCUGCAGGUAAUCAUUUCUCUCCUUCUAGAAGGCAAGCAGGAUGUGAUUGGUUGGAGAGGGAGCAUGAUGUUUUGGUUAAGUGUGGAGCAUCUGGCGUUGGAUGGGCCCACACUCAUAUCCUACAAAUCAUUUACUAGACAGGCCUCCUGGGAUGUUUUCUAUGCUCUUGGUGCUUUAAUCUCAUAGCCAAAAAUAAGAGGAGGAUAGCAAUACGUUGAGUCUGUUGCUCAAGCCAGGAAUUUAAGUCAUCCCUGAUUACAACCUCUCUCUAUCACCAAGCCCUGCAGACUCUACCUCCAAAAUACAGUAAACCUAUCUCUUUCCAACUUGUAGACCAUCAUCCUAUCUCCAGCCUUCCCCACCUGGAACCUGAAUACACCAACAACCUCUAAACGUCUCUUCUAAUUUUUCUCUUGUCUCCCUGCAACCCAUGGUCCGAAAGACAACCAGCACAAUGUCCCCAGCAUAGACCAGCUCUUUCUCCUGCCUUUUCAUAACCCUGCUGACUCCUCAUUACACUCAGUGUGAAAGCCAGUCUCCAUGGCCCAGGAUGGUCUGACACAUCCCAAACUGUUAGCAUCACUUUCUCCACUCUCUAUUUGGCCUCUGUGAUCUUUCAGCUCCUCUAUAAGGAAAGAAAGUUCUCCAUAUUAUAGUCAUUUACAUCUGCCUCAAAGCCCUCCCUCUGCCUGUUGGGUUCCUCCUGUUCUUUAGACCUCAGCUUAAACACAUCAGCUUCUAGAAGAGACCUUCCCAGAGUGAUCUCCCUAAAGUGGGUUUCCUUUUCAUUCUCUUAACCCUUCCAUGUUGUUUAUCACAUGUCACCAAAUAUUUAUUUUUAUUUUUAAUAUCUGUUUCCCUCAUUAAAGCAUAAGUUUGUGGGAUCAGAGACAAUAAUUAUUUUAUUGCUAGUACAUUGUGUUAAUUAAUUACAUUGUAAAUGUUAAUACCUAGUACAUUGUAACUGUUCAAACAGCAUUUUUAA